AUGUCGAAGAAACCGGUGCUUGAAGAUGUCGACGACAUCGACAACAUGGACAUGGACAUCGCCGAGUUCGAUCCCAGUCUCAAAACCCCCAUCGCCCCCGUGCGCCCGGCGCCGUCGGUGGUGCGGUCGCAGGACACCGAGCCCCCUCUAUUCCCCAACCUCCCCAUGAUGAACCCGUUGGGAGACAACUUUGCCCCACCGCCGCCAACUACCACUCAGCGUAAGGACAUUCUCGACCCUCUGGCAUUUACCGAGGAGGAAAAGGCAAAAUUCAAGCAGUUCCGCGUGGUGUACCCGUGCUAUUUUGACAAGAACCGCAGUGUGCUGGAAGGACGCCGCGUCAGCAGCGACCGGGCGGUGGCCAACCCGCUUGCCAAAACCAUUAGUGAUGCCUGUCGCUCUUUCGGGAUCCCCACAUUGCUUGAGCUCGACAAGACCCAUCCUCAAGACUUCGGCAACCCCGGACGGGUUCGGGUGAUGUUGAAGGACGAUGUUGGCACUUUCCUCAACCCCGAGUUCAAGCACAAGCGCCACUUGUUCAACGCGAUCUCGGACUACCUCAAAACACACCCUACUACCCUCGAGCUGGUGGGCCCGCGGGGCGGUAUCGCCUACCCGGCCGAGUUUGACGGCAGAUUCACCCCCGAAGAAAUCCCCAAGGUAAAGGGGUUCCGGAUGAACACGAUUGUCCCUAUCCACUCGCAAUUGGUGAUGAAACACCCGAUGACCAAGGCCAUUUACGACCCCGAGGUGGAAAUGCCCAAACAGCCCGCGGUUCCUAAACAACCGAAGAAGAAGAUUAUGAAGAUUAGAGGAUAA